AUAUGGCCACGGGGAGGGCUAACGCACCUGCGGUUUUAGCUGACAGGGGCAGAAUAAUCGGGCUGUGGCAGGGUGGCAUGGCACCUGCCGACGUUGCUGACGCCAUGGGUGUGUCUAAGAAAACAGUGCAGAGGUGGAUCACUAGGUGGCAGGAGGAGGGUUCUCUGACGACAAGACCAAGGAGUUGCAGACCCAGGGUAACCACACAAGACGAGAAUGCCCGUUUGCUGGCUGCAGUAGACAACACACUUAAUAAGAUAGUAAUCGACUUCACCAGAGAACUCAUGCUCCCCUGUCAUCCUCAAACGAGUAGAAACCGUCUCCACAAGAGCGGUAUAAACUGCUACGUUCCAGCAAAAAAACAAAACAAAUUAACACAAGCUCAUAGGGAGGCUCGGCUUGGAUUUACUUUGGAAUACCUUGGCGUCGACCCAAUGUUAUGGCCCAAUGUUAUAUUUACCGAUGUGAAGAGCUUCUCAUCAGUUAAAGCUGGAGCACGAUUCUGUUGGCGACCAGUUAAUACACGAUGCAAAGAUAAGAACAUUGACGAGAGAGCUACAAGUGGUCGUGUCACUGUGAAUAUGUGGGGAUCGAUGUGGGCAUACGACCCAGGGGAAAACCUAUGGGCUAUCAUAACUCGCAACUGGGAUGUUGGCGAAGAACGGAGCCGGGAAAUUGAAGCGCGACAUGCUAAUGAAGUGUGGGAACGACUGAGACGCCGCCCUAAUAUAUGCUUCAAUCUUGUGGAGUCCAUGCCAGAGAGGAUUC